AUGGGAGACGGCGAAGAAAUCCAAGAAAAUAAACUACAUCGAGGCCGAGCUUCAGGACGAAAAGCAGAUAAAAAGAAGCAGAAACAACGCCAUGAUGACGAGACUAGUGCUCAACGUAAUCCUAAAGCGUUUACUUUCCAUUCAGCGGUUAAAGCAGCUCGAUCUGCUCGGCGCACGCUGGAUAUUGAGACCAAGAAGAUGCACCAACCGUUGGUGGAUCGCGCUCCAUUAGAGCCUCCACCAAUUAUUGUAGCUAUUGUAGGGCCUCCAAAAGUGGGCAAAACGACGCUACUAAAUUCGUUAGUUAAAAAUUUUACCCGACAGCAAGUUUCACAUAUUCAAGGACCAGUGACUGUUGUUUCAGGUAAAAAAAGAAGAUUAACCUUAUUUGAAUGCGGCAACGAUAUCAAUUCGAUGAUUGAUGUAGCUAAAACUGUCGAUUUGGUACUACUACUGAUUGACGCUAGCUUUGGAUUCGAAAUGGAAACAUUCGAGUUCUUAAAUAUCUGCCAGAUUCAUGGUUUUCCCAAGGUUAUCGGUGUCUUGACUCAUUUAGACAUGCUAAAGAAUACAAAAGCAUUACGACAAACCAAGAAAAAACUAAAGAACCGCUUCUGGACCGAAAUCUAUCAAGGGGCAAAGUUAUUUUAUCUGUCCGGAUUAAUGCAUGACUUAUAUCCCAAGACCGAGAUUCAUAAUCUUUGCAGAUUUAUAUCCGUGACGAAAUUCCGACCGUUGCAAUGGCGUUCUAGUCAUUCUUAUGUUUUCGCUGAUAGGCUGGAGGAUAUUACCUAUCCUGAAUUGAUUCGAACUGAUAAGAAAUGUAAUCGUAAUGUUUGUUUAUACGGUUAUAUCCGUGGUACUAACUUUAAAUCAAUACAUAAUGUCCAUAUACCAGGUUGCGGUGAUUUUGCUAUUAAGAAUGUAUACGCUUUGCCGGACCCGUGUCCUUUACCUAGUAAUGAAAAGAAAAGAACCCUAAAUGAGAAAGAACGUUUAAUUUAUGCUCCCAUGUCUGGAGUUGGUGGCAUAGUUUACGAUAAAGAUGCAGUAUACAUUGACCUUGGAGGAAGCAGGCAAGCGGUUGACAAUAGAGCGAUUGUUGAAAAUCCAUUAGUUUCUGCUAUUAUUGAAAGUAAGGCUACAAUUGACGAAAAAAUGGCAAAGAGUCAAAUAUCGCUUAUCAAGGUAAGUUCCAUAUUUGAUUUAUUGUUAGCACGGCUAACCUGCGAAUUAAACUGGAAAGAAAAUCUUGCCAGAAAAGCGAAGGAAUCAUUUUACCAGCGUCAGUCACAAAAAAUAAAUUGGAAUCGAUUAGUUUAUGGAUCAUCUGGUGAUGCCCUCAAAUACAAUCUUGAUAAAGGGGAAAGGCAGGAAGUAGGUGAAAUAUUCUUAAAGAAAGAUUCGUUGAAAAGGAAUCUAAAAGAUCAAGAUGGUUUGGAUUGCUCUCAGUCUAACUAUACAAACCUAGAUUGCUGGAAUGAUGAACAGUACCGAGAAAGCAUCCGUGAUUGUUUCGUUAGUGGCGAUUGGCAUGAAGAGGACGCUCAGAAAAUGAUCGAUCAAGAUGAUGAAUUAUACGGCGAUUUUGAAGAUUUAGAUACUGAAAAUGUUUCUGCUACGAAGACUGCAGAAUCUUCCGAUGAAGCAGAACAAGACGAAGUAAUGGAUGACUCCAGAAGUAAUAAAACAUUCUAUGAGACAGCUAAAGCCGAAAUGGCUGCUCAAAGUGAGUUGAACCGUAAAGAAUUUGAAGGGUUAGACGAUGAAUCUAGAAUUCAAUAUGAAGGCUAUAGACCUGGAUCAUAUGUUAGGAUUGAGUUACAUGGAAUGCCAUGUGAAUUUAUCGACUACUUUGAUCCAAAGUACCCAAUCAUCAUCGGAGCCUUAAAUAGUGGAGAAGAAAACACUGGCUGCGUUCAAGUGAGAAUAAGAAAACAUCGAUGGUAUAAACGAAUUUUAAAAACGCGCGACCCUGUAAUCAUGUCGUUAGGAUGGCGGCGCUUCCAAACCGUUCCACUCUUUUGUAUGGAAGAUCAUAAUGGAAGACAGCGACUACUUAAAUAUACACCAGAACAUGUUCACUGUACGGCCACAUUUUUUGGACCCAUUACAGCCCCUGGCACUGGUUUUCUAGUAAUUCAAACCACUAAUGAUAAAGUCAGUCAUUUUCGUGUCAUGGCGACUGGAACUGUGCGAGAACUUGAUAAAAGUGUAGCUAUCGUAAAAAAAUUAAAACUAAUAGGAACCCCUCUAAAAAUAUUCAAGAAUACUGCCUUCAUAAAGGGUAUGUUUAGUUCUACAUCAGAAGUAGCUGCUGCUGAAGGCGCAACGAUUAGAACUGUUAGUGGUAUUCGUGGUCAAAUUAAAAGGCCAGUCAAAUCGCCUGAGGGUGUUUUCCGGGCUACCUUUGAAGAUAAAAUUCUGUUAAGCGACAUCGUAUUCUUAAGAGCAUGGUAUCCAGUUGAUAUACCGCAGUUUUAUAACCCAGUUACUUCACUUUUAAUGCCGCGUGGUGAGAAAACAGAAUGGCAGGGUAUGAAAACUGUGGGACAGUUGCGAGCAUUACAUAACAUAAAGCCGCCUCAAAAGUCAAAUUCACUCUAUCAUCCUAUAGAGAGAGAGCCAAAGCAUUUCAAUCCAUUAUUGAUACCCCCAUCAUUGCAAAAAGCUCUGCCUUAUAAGAAUAAACCAAAAUAUACACCCAAAACAGCUAAGAAGUCUUCCAUUUUAUCCCGACCGGUUAGUACCAUGUCUAGCAAGGAGAAAAAAUUGACUACAUUAAUGCAGCAACUCCGUACCAUUGAGAAAGAUAGACUAUAUAAAAAGAAAGUUAAGAAAGAGGCGGAAAGAAAGGUCUAUAUGAAAAAGAAGGAAGCUGAAGAAAAUAAACGACAUAAGAAGAUGCAAGAAAGACGUCAAGAGUAUUAUCGUAAAAUUGCUAGAGCUGGAAAAGGAAAAUAA